CUUGUACAGGUUUUAGGGAGCAAGCCAGCACUUCCUGAGUGUGGUGAUGAUGAUGAUGAGCUGGCUGAUAUUACGAACAGAAGAAGCGCUAAACUAUAUAUGGUGUCAGAUGCAAGUGGAUCCAUGAAGGUGUCUAUGGUAGCAGAGGAAAACCCCUUCUCCAUGGCUAUGCUUUUGUCUGAGGAGUGCUUCAUUUUGGACAACGGUGCCGCAAGGAAGAUCUUUGUGUGGAAAGGCAAAGAUGCUAACCCACAAGAGAGAAAAGCUGCCAUGAAGAAUGCUGAACAAUUCAUACAGCAGAUGAAUUAUCCUGCCAACACACAGAUUCAAGUCCUUCCUGAAGGAGGUGAAACACCAAUUUUUAAACAAUUUUUCAAAGACUGGAAGGAUAAAGACCAAAGCGAUGGCUUUGGCAAAGUGUACGUCACAGAGAGAGUGGCUAAAAUUGAGCAGAUUGAAUUUGAUGCUACCAAGUUACACGAGUCUCCACAAAUGGCUGCCCAGCAUAACAUGGUAGAUGAUGGUUCAGGAAAAGUAGAGAUCUGGCGUGUGGAAAGCAGCGGCAGAGUUCCUGUGGAACCUGAGACAUACGGACAGUUCUAUGGUGGUGACUGCUACAUUAUCCUCUACACUUACCCUAAAGGGCAGAUCAUUUACACAUGGCAAGGAGCCCAUACUACAAAAGAUGAACUGACUGCGUCUGCAUUUCUGACGGUUCAGCUGGAUGGGUCCUUGAAUGGUCAGGCCGUGCAG